AUGGCAAGCCUUUUCAUGGUUCCUUGCCAGCAUCAAUUGCUGAAGAAGUUGCAAAGGCACUGCCCUCCAAAGGCACCAGCAUCAAAGUCCAUUAGGAGUGAGAAAACUUCCUCAUUCAGUUUCAGAAGCAACACCAAUGUUCCUAUUCGUGAAUUGCCUGAGGCUUCCUUUGAUCAAUACAUGGAUGACAAACACAGAGUACUUCGAGCCCUGUUCCCUCGUGACACAGGAACAACCAAACAGAUCAAUGAGGAAGAGUGGAGGAUUCAAAUGCCUCCCAUACAAUGCUUAUUUCUGAGUAUUAAACCAACAGCAGAUGUCAGGUUAACAUUCAAAUCUGGAGGGGACGAUUACCCACCUGACAUUCCUCAUCAUAUCACCAAAGUUCUUGAGCUUCACUUUACAAGGUGGGAGCUACAGGGCCUGAGUGCCCUUUACAAGGACCCUUACCAGAUCAACCUUGAUGUUAGAGGCUCCAUAUACCCAGAAAGGAAGGGAAAACAUAGUUGGCUUAAGAAUCAAAUGGAGAUGGAGAUAACAUUUUGUGUUACUCCUGCAACAGCUUUCAUGCCUCAGAGUGUCGUGCAGAAUGCCAUAGAGUUGAUUUUCAAAACAGUGUGGGAUGAAAUGAAGCAGGAACUCCAAGGUAGAUUAUUGCAAGAUUAUAGCAGGUUCAAGAGAAGCAAGUCCAGGAAGAUUUCUAUGCGGGGGAUCGAACCCCGUGCCUCUCGCAUGCAAAGCGAGCGCUCUACCAUUUGA